AUGUCGGGCCCACGUCCGCCGAAACGGCAACGCAUUUACCGCGCCUGCGACCAGUGCCGUCGGCGUAAAUCCAAGUGUGAUGGAGAACAGCCCGUUUGCUCCAUCUGCAGCCAGGCUAAUCGGGCCUGCACCUAUGAGACCGGCGGGGGCCGACGAGGGCUUCCAUCUGGCUAUGUACGUAGCCUAGAGAUUACCCUGGGUCUGAUCUUUCAGCAUGCUCCGAAUAGUCAGAAUACAGUGCAGAGUGUACUUCGAGAUUCACGAGGCCAAGGCAAUUUCCUGACGAGCAAGCUUGCAAAACGCUCUGUCUCAGUUUGGCGAAAAUCUAAAGCAUACCGAGACCUGUCACAGCUGAUUUCACCAGGGUCUGAAGAUGAGGUUCUUGAUGACUCUGAGUGGGAGCCCGUGGAGCUCGCGGAGUCCUGGGAUAAUGACGAGACUAUGGCGGAUCUUGAUAGUGCACCAUCAAAUCCAGAACCCCAUAAGCCCGGGAUCAUUCAAAAGCUACCAAACGAUGCUUCACGGUCGCAUAUAUUCAUGAAUGUGCAACUGCCAGAUAGAACAUCCGAUCUCGUCGACUUUUAUUUCACCUACACCCAUUGCUGGUUCCCAAUCCUCGAACGUCGUUCGGUUUUACGUGCGAUGCAUUUGGGCAAUGACAAUAGCAAGGGAAAUGAUCAAGGAGACUUGUCAUCCAAAAUGGUGCUUUGGUCUCUUGUCGCAUAUACAUCCGCCAUGCGAGGGGAUGCUCAACCCGCAACACCCAACUUAUUCACUCUUCAACUCGCCAUUGAGCAGCAAGCAUUGAUGCAGUGGGAAGCUUUGGACCUAGGGUAUAUCCAGGCGAUGCUCAUUCUUAUAUUGAUGCAUGUAGCCAUGGGAAAUAUCAAUCAAGCAUGGCCAUUAGUUGCAAAAGCAUCGAGAAUGCUGGUGACCUUGCCAUUGUCAGCGAGGAAGACUCGUUUCAACCACGUUUUCAAUGGAUGUGUCCUUCUGGACAAUAUGCUAUCAACACUUCUGGAUCGAGCUCCCUGCCUUUCUCGGGAGGAGCAAUCAAUGUAUGGCCCAAUAGAGGAAGACGAUUUGGAAGAGUGGGAUGUAUGGUCACCAUCUCGGCCUGGGAUGGAUGAAGAGAGACAUAGGAUGCCUGCAGCGCCCUUGAGAGCAUUAAGCAUAUUCAACCACAUUCAGCAGCUCAUGCAACAACUAUCUCGGGUCUUAUACCAGCCCUUGGAUCCAUCCAGGAUUGAAAGUCUCUUAAAUGAUCUACGAACAAAACAGAAUAUUAUUUCACGAAGCCACCCAUACGACCGACAAAAUUAUGCCACCCCUUCGCUCUUGAAUCUCUAUCUCGUCUCAGGUUUCACAACGCUUGCAUUCUGUGGCAGAUUUGAGCCGGUCUCAUCUGCGACUGAAGAUUCAUGUGCACAUACAAUUCACCAUAUACUUGACAUUCUGGAUCAUUAUCGUGAGAUGACCGGGACAACAGGGUCAUCACCCCUCACCCUUUGCUUCGCAAUGCAGUGCCAAAGGUCCCUGGCGAUUGGAAACUUGUCCGAUACCCAAUCCCUUCAAAAUCGAAUCUCCAGCUUCCUGCACCCUCUCAAGCCAAUCGGUCUUCCCGAAUGGAAGAACAAAAUCUCACGUCCAGCCCUCCCCAUCCCAUCUCUCGAACGAGAACACCAACCACCUGUUGACCUUGAAAUUCCACUAUCAAUUCCCGCAUUAACGGGGUUCUCAAAUUCAACCCCACCACCUUUCAUACCUCAACAGUCCGAACCAUCCUCAGUCAUGAAUCUCCCAACGAUCCCAUCAUCCAACGAAUUCCCAUCACUGCAGUCCCUAGGCGGAACCGGCGAUGCAGAGAUGUACGACGCACUCUUCGAGGAAAUGGUCACUUCAUUCCCAGCCAGCAGGCAAGAGCCCGCAUUCGCGCACAAUCUCGGCUUCUACGAUGGAGACCUGGACACGGAUUUCCUCGCCCAGCUGCAACAUCCACCAAUGAGCUAA